AUGAACGACUUUGACGAGUGCGGCCCGAGCGCAGCCAGCAUGUACUUGCCCGGCUGCGCCUACUAUGUGGCCCCGUCGGACUUCGCCAGCAAGCCGUCGUUCCUGUCACAACCGUCGUCCUGCCAGAUGACUUUCCCCUACUCUUCCAACCUGGCGCCGCACGUCCAGCCCGUGCGCGAAGUGGCCUUCCGCGACUACGGCCUGGAGCGCGCCAAGUGGCCAUACCGCGGCGGCGGCGGAGGCGGUGCAGGGGGCGGCGGCGGCGGCGGCCCCGGCGGGGGCGGCAGCGGCGGCGCCGGUAGCUACGCUCCCUACUACGCUGCAGCGGCGGCGGCGGCGGCGGCGGCGGCGGCGGCCGAGGAGGCGGCCAUGCAGCGCGAGCUGCUCCCGCCCGCGGGCCGCCGUCCGGAUGUGCUCUUUAAGGCGCCGGAGCCGGUGUGCGCUGCGCCCGGGCCGCCGCACGGCCCCGCGGGCGCCGCCUCCAAUUUCUACAGCGCCGUGGGCCGCAACGGCAUCCUGCCGCAGGGCUUCGACCAGUUCUACGAGGCUGCACCCGGGCCCCCGUUCGCCGGACCGCAGCCCCCUCCGCCGCCCGCGCCGCCGCAGCCCGAGGGCGCCGCCGACAAGAGCAACCACAAGACGGCGGCCAGUGGCGGUGGGGGAAGUCCCUGCGCCAAGACGACCCCCGGCUCGGAGCCCAAGGGGGCGGCAGAGGGCGGCGACGGCGAGGUGCCCCCGGGGGAGGCGGGGGCUGAGAAGAGCGGCGGCGCAGUGGCCCCCCAGCGAUCCCGAAAAAAGCGCUGUCCCUACACCAAGUAUCAGAUCCGCGAACUGGAACGGGAGUUUUUCUUUAACGUGUACAUAAACAAAGAGAAAAGACUCCAACUUUCUCGGAUGCUCAACCUCACUGACCGGCAAGUCAAAAUCUGGUUCCAGAAUCGCAGAAUGAAAGAAAAGAAACUGAACAGAGACCGUCUGCAGUAUUUCACUGGAAACCCCUUAUUUUGAGAGCUCCAGGAAGCACCCCUCUCCCCUGAGCCCCACUCACCCACUCUCCUCCCCACCAGCCUGCCCUGGGCAGGCCCAAUGUCCUUGGGUUUAAUGACGCCUCUUCUCUGUGGAACUCCACGAUUCCUUCCCACGGUCAACUCGGGACCUCCCAGCGACCACUGCAGCCUGCGGACGAGGUCGGGGACUUGGCCGAACGGAUCCUAAUAAGGGGAAAAUGGUAAAUGCAAACGUCCCUUUACAAUUUUACCGCCAAUGCGCUGUUGUUCUCCCUCCCUCUCUCUGAGCUCCCGUGGGCACGCUGUGGGAUCUGUAGAGAGUUAGGCCGAGGGGCUGGAAGGCGCUUGUUUUUGUUCUGAGUUUAAGGGACCGCAUCCCUUCCCCUUGGUGAAUGCAGAUUAUUUAAACUCUGGGGAAUGUACCUUUGGUCUGUCGUAUCAAGGCAUGGGUCACUGUCUUUUGUGUGAAUAAAUGGUUUCUAGUAAAAUGGAGGUUACAGCUUCAAUACACUGUAUGAAUUUUCCUCUUUGAAGAAGUUUAGUGUCUGAUUAGGAUAUUUUAGUGGCCAGA